UUGUUCUGAACGAGUGACCACAACCUCACGUCGUCACGCAUGCAUCGGUCGUCCAUUUUUCGUAAGAAUUCGACAGAAAAGUGAAAAAUACAUCGCAAAAAGGAAAAAAUUUACAAAGAAAAGUACUUUAAAGCAAGUUGUAAUCAACUUACACCACAGUGCAUUUCAGUGGCCUUUCAAAUACUGCUCAAAACAACUCAAUAAGCAAUAGCAAUACAUAUAUAGAUUUACAAUUUGAACUACCCGAAAAAAGUUCGUGUGCGUUUCUACAAUACAAUAAAAAAGUAAAUAAAGCGCGUGUGAAGUGUGUGGUGCAGAUAUCGAAGCGGAAGAAUAAAAUACAAACUAAUACAAACGCUUCCAAUCGACAGAACUGUGUGGCAAUAAAAAUAACUAUUAGGCAUAAAGAGAAAAAGAAGAAAUUUAUAUUUAUACAUAUAUUGAAAGUUAUUGAAACUCAUUAAUCAUUGCAAUGGCUUGUGCUACAUUAAAACGCGCAUUGGACUGGGAGUCGCUCAAUCAGCGUCCCACAAAACGUCGACGUUGUGUUCCCUACGGACAAUCUGCUGGCAAUUCGCCAUCACGCGGCGGCCAGCCGACGGUAGAUGGCGCCACCAACAGCCCAAGCACCACAGGCAUGCCAAGCAAUCGCUUUGCUAAAGACAGCACUGAGCCGAGCCCAUUCUCCGAAUCCGCCUUGGCCAAGAUGUCGCCAGACAAAAUGGCCGAGAAUUUGUGCAAUGAAAUCAAAAGACUGCACAAACGCAAACAGUUGCCCAUCACAUCAUCCGCUUUGGAGCGCAUGCAGGACUCGGAAUCGAGCGGUUCCGAAAUGGGACCUGAGAGUCCAUUGCGCCCGGACAGCCCACCGAGUCACAUGAUGCGCCAUCACAACGAGAAGGCAUUGUUCACGUUCAAGCAGGUGCAACUCAUAUGCGAAGGCAUCGUGAAGGAUCGCGAGGAUCAACUGCGUGAGCGUUACGAAUCGGUGCUGACCACCAAAUUGGCUGAGCAAUAUGAUGCCUUUGUGAAAUUCACAUAUGAUCAGAUCCAGCGUCGCUACGAAGCAGCGCCCAGCUAUUUGUCGUAAGGCAGACGACUCUCUCAACAAUUACGAUCUUAUGUGACGGUUUUCUGGCCGCAAAUGCAGAAAAUAAUGCAACUUCAAAUGCAAGACAAAACAUCAAGAAAAAGAAGAGAAGAAAAGAAAAAAGAAAAAGUAAUGAAAACAACAUAGAAGCCCUCAUUUAAAUAAACAACUACAUUUUUGUUUAUAUUAUAUAUUUUGAAAUAUGAAAGUUAUAGUUUAAACUAGAAUUACAUAAAUUGUAUUGAAAGCAAAAUGAACGGGAGGAAAUACUUUAAAAACACGGCCUAAAGCAAACAGCAACAAAAACAUAAGAAAAGCAACAACUUGUUACCAUUUACGUUUUCACAUAACGAAAAUUCUAAAUACAAAUGACAAAUAUCUAUAUCGUACAUAUGGAAAACUAUGUACACAGAACGCUAAUAUACAAAACAAAAACGAAAUGAAAAGAGAAAAUAUAAAAAACAACUUGCAAAGGGUGCAACACAGACACACGACAAACACACUUAAUAAACAAAAUACACACAACACACAAUUCAAUGAAACCUCAACAGUAGCUUCGUAUAUAUAUAUAUAUAAUUAACAGAAGAGAAAUGCGAAAAACAAAUUGGUAAAUAUAUAUGUUAGGUACAUAUAGCAAUAAGGUAUAAUUGUAAAACGUAUCAAAACACAACACACUAUAUAUAUAUAUAUAUAUAUAUUGAAUUUCAAAAUAGCAAUGCGAGAUGAGAUCGAGAUUGACAACUAAACAAACUGCAAGAAACAAAAGAUAUAUGAAGAUAUAAAGCAGUAUGCAACUAAGAAACUACUCAUGAAAUAUCUUUUUCAUAGUUUAUUUUUGCAUAAUAAUCAUUAAUUUUCCUAAGCGAGUGAAUAGCAUCUGUAUAAAACAAAACAAAAAAAACUGAAAACGAAAAUCAAUUUUUGUUCUUUGCUCUUCUGAUUUGAUGAUCGAUUGUUACUUGUUUCUUCCUUUGAUGUACAUUUUGCAAAGUAAUGAAAACACACAACACAACAAUUUAUUUCGUGUAUGCAAUGUUUCCUUUGCUUUAAACAAUGUAAAACCAAAACAAAAAAACCUAAAAAAAAGAAGUUAAAACAAUUUUUAUUAUUAUUUAAGUCAAAACUUGAACGCUUUCAUAUUUACACAUUAUAUACGCUUGGCAGACGACGUUUCAUGGCUCACAUUAUACAUAUUUUUCACUUGAUAUAUAAACAUAUAUUUUUCAAUUGCCGCGAUCAUACAUACUUUACAUUAGUAAUUUAAACUUAAUAUUAGUAAAGAAAUGCCAUUUUUAUAUUAAAAAAAAAAAACAAAAUAAAAA